CCGCAGAUGAAAUAGUGCAGCCCGAGCGUCCACUCUAGAACACUCCAGUAACAGAUUUCAUCUCGGCUAGUUCCACCACACGUAAAUAGAAAUAGAUAAGAAUGACUUUCACUAGCGCCGUUCGAGUGGCUCACUUGCUCGCCUUUGCACUAAUAAGUCUCGCAAAUACUGCCGCGUGUGAUUCCCAUCGGAUCAGCAAUUUCCAGCGACUGUUCCGGAACCAAUCCGUACCAAUAGAUUUAGAAGCAUUUCCCGGAGAGUUGUGCUUGCGGCAAUGUGACGAAACGAAACCUCGCGUGUGCUACUUCAAGUGGACACUGGAGCACUACCAGUCGAUGGGAGCGGCCUGCAAAAAGUGCAGUAAAGACAACCACGCAGACUGCAAUCAUCAUGGCUGCAUAACGGCGGACGGCAUUGAACGGGGCGUAAUGUCGAUCAACCGUCAGAUUCCCGGGCCGAUUUUGCAGGUUUGUCAAAAUGACCUAAUCGUAAUUGACAUGACUAAUGCGAUGGGUGGUACGGCAGCCACGAUGCAUUGGCAUGGACUGCACCAACGGGAAACGCCCCAUAUGGAUGGGGUUCCAUUUAUAACGCAGUGCCCCAUCGAUUUUAUGAGCACCUUCCGGUACGCAUUUUGGGCCACCGAACCGGGAACUCAGUUCUAUCAUUCACACUCCGGUCACCAUAAAGUGAAUGGUCAUUACGGAGCCAUGAUCAUCCGACAACCGGAGGCAAACGAUCCGAAUUCCUUCCGGUAUGAUUUCGACAUGCCCGAACAUACGAUACUCGCGUCCGAUUGGAUGCACGAGGACGGGGAAAUGUUCAUGCCGGGGUUGCCCUCGGGGGACGGCAUACUCCCAAUCAACGUGCUAAUCAAUGGCAAGGGCACAUUCACCAAGGCAAACGGUAACAGAACAAGCGUCCCGCUGGAAGUUUUCCGCGUACGUAAGGGUGGCCGCUAUCGGUUCCGUUUCAUCAAUGCCGCCAGUCACGUCUGUCCACUAGAGCUGCAGAUUCUCAACCAUACGCUAGAGAUAAUUGCCAGCGAUUCGUUCCAUCUGCAACCCAUCGUUGUGAAUACGCUAAUAUCCACAUCCGGUGAGCGAUAUGACUUUAUCGUGCAUGCGGAUCAACCAAGUGAUGACUACUGGCUACGCAUAAGAGCUGUUGGCUCCUGUGAAUACAGGAAAAUCCAGCAAUUUGCUGUGCUCUCGUACCAACCGUUGUCCGUCCCGGAGCAAAACAUGGCCUUUCCCAGCCACAUCACCACAAGAUAUAAUGAAAGCUUGUUUCAGAAUCCGAUUUAUGCUAACCAUCCUAACACGACCUGUGGUGCGGCUAAGCCAAACGUUUGUAUCACGGAUUUCGAAGCCUACGCCACCGAUAACGGCAUCAUAAAUGGAGACCCCGAUCACCGCUUUUUCCUUUCAUUUAAAAAUUAUCCGUUGGAAUUCGACCAAGCCUUCUCAGCAAACAAUUAUGAGCACUUCAUGAAUAUUCGAGACGACGUCAUCCUGCAGGGAGGCAUUAAUAACAUCAGUUUCACGUAUCCCCCGUUUUCACUGCUAACCCAACCGGAUCUCAUUAGCGAAGACAUGUUUUGCGACAAAGACAUCCUUCCGGCGCGAUGUCAAGGACAAACGCAUUGCAUCUGUACCCAUCGGUUGAAAAUUCAGCUGGGUUCGUUGGUUGAGUUAUACAUACUGGAUCAAACUACAGAAAUAAAUCCGCUCAACCACCCGUUUCAUUUGCACGGUUACCAGAUGUAUGUAAUGGAAAUGGGUCAGAACCGGCAACGGCCAAUCACGGUCGAGCGCGCACAAAGCAUUGCCCGGCAGCGAGAUCUUCGUCGAACACGAAUAUCGACAUUCCCACCGCUCAAAGAUACCGUGUCGGUUCCAAGUAAGGGGUAUACCGUAGUUCGCUUCCGAGCUGACAAUCCCGGGUUUUGGCUGAUGCAUUGUCACUUCGAGUGGCACACUGCCGUCGGUAUGGUGCUCGUUCUACAGGUCGGAGAACACCAAGACUUCGUUCGACCUCCGAAUGGUUUUCCCACUUGCAACAAAUACCAACCGGAUGUUGGCGAAUCACUGUUUAGACAGUAA